AGCUUUGGGGUGGGAUUAUCUUAAGGAAGUUAGACUUUCAUUUCCUCUUCCAACUGAAUGCAGAGGGACUGGGUUGCGGAAGGAGCUGUUGCAGCCCAGCUGGACUUUGCGCAGCUCUGCCAUGAGGCUCCCUGUGUGGUGUCUGAUCUUGCUGGGCCUGCUCGGAGGUAAGGAGAGAUGGGAGAUGGGGCAGAGGGAGCUCCUGGGCAGGAACUUGUACCUGGGUUGCCAACCAAUCUCUUGCUGGAAGCCCAAGGAACAGGGAAAGACUGUCCUAAAAAAAAAGCCGCUACUCUGCUGCCAUCCUUCACGGUGACACCUACAGCAAGCCCUACGAGCAGCCACAGGCUCACCACCACCAGUCCCGCCAACAGCACAGUUCAUCCUACAAGUAAUGGUACUGCUACCAGCUCUGGACAUGAAACUACCCCUACGCACAACCCCGCCACCACCAGCAGCCAUGGGAACGCCACAGUUUAUCCCACCGCGAACGGCACUGCUAGUACUCCAAGGUUCUCCACCAGCGGCCCUCAUCCUGGACCACCUCCACCCUCUCCAAGUCCUAGUCCCGGCUCCAAGGGGGCUCUUGGAAACUACACAUGGGCUAAUGAUUCCCAGCCAUGUGUUCAGCUCCAAGCCCAAAUUCAGAUUCGAAUCCUGUACCCAACCCAGGGUGGAGGAAAGGCCUGGGGCAUCUCUGUAUUGAAUCCCAACAAAACCAAGGUCCAGGGGGGCUGCGACAAGGCCAAUCCCCACCUGCCUCUCUCAUUUCCUUAUGGACAGCUCACCUUUGGAUUCAAGCAGGACCUGCAGCAGAGCCCGGGUGUAGUCUACCUCAACUACAUGGCAGUGGAGUACAAUGUGUCCUUCCCGCAGGCCGACCAGUGGACCUUCUCGGCUCAGAACCCAUCUCUUCGGCUGCUCCACGCGCCCCUAGGCCGGAGCUUCUGCUGCAGGAACUCAAGCAUUGCUCUUUCCCCAGCUGUUCGCAUCGACCUGCUCUCCCUGCGGCUGCAGGCUGCUCAGCUGCCUGACACAGGGCGCUUCGGGCCAUGUUUCUCUUGCCCUGGUGACCAGUCCCUCUUGCUGCCCCUCAUCAUUGGCCUGGUCCUCCUCGGUCUCCUCACCUUGGUGCUCCUCGCCUUCUGCAUUUCCAGGAGACGACAACCAGCCUACCAGCCCCUUUGAGCAUGCGCUCUCAGCCACUCUGUGGGUCACCAAGACGCACCUUCACUUCAACAUGCAACUGACUCAACAAAGUUGCCUUCCUUCCCUGUCUUUAAGAACAAAAUUGGAGAUU